UGGGGGUCGCGGGGCGCUGUGGGGAAGGCUCUGCGUCAGGAGGCCCCACUGCGGCCACCCGGGACUGGGGCUGGGAACCCAGGCUGGGGGCAGGGGCGGGGCGUCCGGCCGUGUCACGCCCGCCUCCCUCGCGGGGCUAAGGCCGCUAAAAUGGCGGCGGCGGCGGUGAUAGCGUCCUGCGCCGGGCCCGGGGGUCUGGCCGUUGUGCCAGGGGCUCACUAGCGCCUUCCUAGGUGUCCGCGUCCUGGCCCCCUGGGGCGCUCGCGCGCGGCCCCCGGGGCCCUCGGUCCGCCCUCCCGGCGCGCCCAUGAACUCCGUGUCGCCGGCCGCCGCGCAGUACCGGAGCGGGAGCCCGGAGGACGCGCGCCGCCCCGAGGGCCGCAGGCCGCGGGGUCCCCGGACCCCGGACCCCAACAGCCUGGGGCCCUCCGGAGCCAGCGGCCCCGCUCUUGCGUCACCAGGGGUUGGCCCUGGGGAGCCGGACGAAGUGGACAAGUUUAAGGCGAAGUUCCUGACCGCCUGGAACAACGUGAAGUACGGUUGGGCAGUCAAAAGCCGGACCAGCUUUAGCAAGAUCUCCAGUGUCCACCUGUGUGGCCGCCGCUACCGCUUCGAGGGCGAGGGUGACAUCCAGCGUUUCCAGCGGGACUUUGUGUCCCGCCUAUGGCUCACUUACCGCCGGGACUUCCCGCCCCUGGCUGGGGGCUGCCUGACCUCAGACUGUGGCUGGGGAUGCAUGUUACGAAGUGGGCAGAUGAUGCUGGCACAGGGCCUGCUGCUGCAUUUCCUGCCCAGAGACUGGACGUGGUCCCAGGGCGUGGGCCUGGGCCCCCCUGAGUCGUCUCCUAACCGGUACCGUGGACCAGCCCACUGGAUGCCUCCGCGCUGGGCCCAGGCUGCCCCUGAGCUGGAACAGGAGCGCCGGCACCGGCAGAUUGUAUCCUGGUUUGCUGACCAUCCCCGGGCCCCCUUCGGCCUACAUCGGCUGGUGGAGCUUGGGCAGAGCUCAGGCAAGAAGGCAGGAGACUGGUAUGGGCCAUCUCUGGUGGCACACAUUCUCAGGAAAGCUGUGGAGAGCUGCUCAGAGGUCACCCGCUUGGUGGUGUACGUUUCUCAGGACUGCACUGGCACCCAGACAGGGAGGACUCAUCAGGCCUGGUGUUGGGGAGGCACUGGGGCCCCAAGGAAGGCCCUCCACCUCCUCCUAGCUGUCCACUCUUUGUCAAUGUCUCAGGACCUCAGCGGCCCUUUCUGUAAAACGGUGUACAAGGCGGAUGUGGCACGCCUGGUGGCCCGGCCAGACCCCACAGCUGAGUGGAAAGCUGUCGUCAUCUUGGUGCCUGUGAGGCUGGGUGGUGAGACCCUCAACCCCGUGUAUGUGCCCUGUGUGAAGGAGCUCCUGCGUUCAGAGCUGUGCCUGGGGAUCAUGGGGGGCAAGCCACGCCACUCCCUGUACUUCAUUGGCUACCAGGAUGACUUCCUGCUCUACCUGGACCCUCACUACUGCCAGCCCACUGUGGAUGUCAGUCAGGCUGACUUCCCCCUAGAGUCUUUCCAUUGCACCUCACCCCGCAAGAUGGCCUUCACCAAGAUGGACCCAAGCUGUACUGUGGGGUUCUAUGCUGGAGACAGGAAGGAGUUUGAGACGCUCUGCUCAGAGCUGACCAGGGUCCUCAGCUCCUCCUCAGCCACAGAGCGGUACCCCAUGUUCACCUUGGUUGAGGGCCACGCUCAGGACCACAGCCUGGAUGACCUCUGCUCCCAGCCCUCCCAGCCAACACUGCGGCUCCCUCGCACAGGCCGGCUCCUCAAGGCCAAACGCCCAAGCUCUGAGGACUUUGUGUUUUUAUAAAGGGAAGGGAUGAGGGAAAGACACACCCCUAUUUAUUUUUUUAUUUAUGUCAUGCUGGGUGUGGGAGCUUCAACUCCCCCCGGACAGGUGCAGCUAAGACCAGUCCAGGAAGCCUCUGGGCUGGGGCCAUUCAGCCAGGAACAGAGCCUGCACACCUGCCUCCCACCAGCUGGGCCCUCCUCACAGGGCAGGGUGGGAGGGAGGGCCCCUGGGCACUCACUCAGGGCCUGACUCAGUACUGUAGUUUGCACUGGACCGCGCACGCCCCGCACUGGCCCCAAAGACCCGUCCUGCCAAAGCAGGGAGUGGGGAUCUGUGGCUGCUGGGGGCUAAUAAAGCUGUUUGACUUGA